AUGAAUGAGGAGAAGUGUAUUAAAGGCUCCUGGGAUCAGGAGGAUAAGGAAACACAACGAAAACACAUCGCCAUCCAGUUCUGUCUUACGUGUCAGCUCUAUUUGUGUGGAACUCAGCCACUCAGGAACCACAGCCCGCUCGAAUACUUCAGACAACAGAUCUACUUUAACAGAUCUGAUAAAAUCAUUAAAGCUUGUAUAAAACCCGAAUCCUCCAGAGGACUCCAGAAGCAGAUUUGCUCUCAGCAUGACAUACUGCUGGAGGUUUACUGUCUCACUGACCAGCAGUGUAUUUGCACAUUGUGUAUGUUAGAUGAACAUAAAGGACACGAUACAGUAUCAGCUGCAGCAGGACGAGCUGAGAAACAGAAGCAAUUGUUGGAGAUGCAGGAAAAAUCUAAGCAGGCUAUCGAGGACAGAGAAAAGGAGCUUCAGAAGUUGAGAAAAGCUGUGGAGACUUAUAAGCAUUCUGCACAAACAGCUAUGCAGGAAAGUGUAAAAAUGUUUACUGAGCUGAUCAAAGCAAUUGAAAAAAGACAACUUGAGGUGACACAGCUGAUCAGAGAUCAAGAGAAAGCAGCUCUGAGUCCAGCUGAAGCCAUCAUUAACCAAUUGCAACAGGAGAUUGGAGAGCUGAAGAGGAGAGAUGCUAAGCUAGAGAAGCUUUCACGCACUGAGGAUCCCAUUCAGUACCUUCAGAGUUUUCACUCUGUCCCAGCUGCUCCUGGAUCUGCAAAUUUCACCACCACCACACACAGUUUUUCUCUAACUUUUGAGAAAUUACUGGUGUCUGUGUCUCAACUGAGAGACAAACUAGAAACAUUUUUCAUCAGCGAGUUUAAGAACAUAUCACCUGAAGCUCAAAGCAGUGAAGAUGCAGAGAAAUUUUCCUUGGAGAAGAAGCCAACAAUGAAAGAGAGAAAGAGCUUGCAGCUGCCCCCUACCUAUUUUCGUGGUACUAGGAGAGAUUUAGGAACCGUGUUUGACAGUCUAAGUCUAGCGGACCUUGAAACAGAGCCACAAAAGGUACAGCGAACAAAUUUGCAGAUUUGA